AUGUUCAGGCAGGAGCCCGUGUCCCCCGUGGUAGGCCAGACGAUGUUGGGCAGUUUCGCAUCCUCCAAUCCCAGUCCCGACUACACGACCUCGACGGCCCCCACGGGCUUCGCCGGAGGACGGGAGCGCAGCCUGUCGCCGCUGAAGCUCCGGGGAGGCGGUGGGAACUCCUUCGGCUCCUUCGGCUCGGGCUUCGCUUCACCUCGGAGCCUCGCCGGGCAGGAGGCGGCGACGGAGGUGCAACGCCGCGCGGCGGAAUGGGAGAGGCAGAUCGAGCACUUGGAUGCCAAGGAGCUUGAGAUCCACCAAACCCAGCUGCGGCUGGUGCGAGAGCAAACCCAGGCCUUCCGGAAGGACUUCGCGCAGAUGCGGGAAGAGCUGCAAGAGAUGAAGGCCUCGAUCCAGAAGCAACAAGCAAACAACUUCGAGCUCACUGCCAGGUGGGACGAGCAGCUGGUGAAUCAAAAGCAGGAGAGCGAUGAGCGGCUCCAACACUUGGAACGGAGCUUGCAGCGUUUGAGCGACGACGCGCAGAUCAUGAAGCGAGAGCUUCGUGGUGGGCCCGAUGUGUCCAACCGCUUGCAGGCACACGAGGCAGACCUGAAGUUGUUGAAGGAUUCCCACGCGGACAUGAAGAGCUCCCAAGGUGCCAAAGAUCAGCACCACGCGACGCUCCAGCAGCGCGUGGAGUACCUGGAGAAGAUUAUGGGGGAGUCGGCGGACAAGCACACCGCACACAUGAAGACGCUGGAGGAACUUCAAGGUCACCGGCAGGAUCAGCUGGGCCGCCACUCGCAGAUGGCCGAGUCGGUGGAACGGCUCCGGCAAGAGAAGGAGGCUCUCCAUAAGCGGCACAGCAGCAUGGAGGAGCGGAUGCGCUACUUGGAGCAAUUGAUGGGGGACUCGGCCGACCGACACGCCAAGGACCUGAAAGCUCACAAGGAGGUUCAAGGUCAACAACAUGCCAGCUUAGAGGAGCGCAUGAAAUACAUCGAGAAGGUCUUGGGCGACUCGGCCGAGGAACAUGCCAAGCUCCUGGCGAAGCACAAGAAGGACCUGGAGGAUCACAAGCAAUCCUUCCUGAGCCACCAGCGCGACUUCGACGAGCACCGGGCCCAAUUGAAGACUCAUCAGGCCACCAUCGAGAAGCACGCCACCCUGGAGCAACGCCUGGACUUCCUCGAAAAGGCCAUAGGCGAUUCCGCGCAGCAGCACAUGAAGCAGCUGCAGGCGCACAAGGCGGAUGUGGAUCAGAAGCAUCAGGCGCACUCCUCGAUUGGAGAUCGGGUGGAAUACAUCGAGAAGUGGUCUGGGGGACCUGAAGGGCACCCGAAGGGAACGAUGAAGCUGGAGGACGACGAGACCGGGGUGCGCGAGGAGGAUAGACGAACUGGGGGAGACGAGGACUCUCCUGUGGUAUUCGAUGGGCUUGGCGCGGAGCCCGCUGGCGCGGAGCAGCCCCUUCGGAUGAGACCUUCGAGUCGGCGCAGUCGAAGCGGCGAGACCUCUCAGAGUGUCCGUGCUCAGUCUACAAAGGGGACCAUGGACGAUGCAGGUGAUUUUGGCCGUGUCAAGAGCAAGUGA